UUGAAUGACAUUUAACCAACAAGCUACCCGGAGUAGUUACAGUAGCGUUCAAACAGUAAUUUAAUCAGUAAGAAAAGCAAACAACACGGUAGCUAGAGAGUGCUAGCAGCAGCUAACCACAGUGUAUUGCUGCUGAGGUUAAUAAGCGCUAAAUCCGACAGUUAUCAAGUGUUUGCUCUUGACAUGAGUGCAGCUAGCUAAUCAAACAUGGACCACCUCAGGAGUUUAAAACCUCUGUUUUCUGCUCCCCAACACUUGAUACCUGUCAGGUGUUUACAGCCCAGAUAUUGCUGUAAAUUAGCAAAAACUGGUGUAACUUCAGGAGAGAAGAGGGCAACGUUAGAUAAAUUCAAGACUCAGAUAUCCUCUGGUCCAAGUUUUCAGGAUUUCGUCAAAGGAAUUUCAGUUAAGCAGACUUAUGUUGCAGACGGAGAAUACUCUGACAAACACGGUUAUCUGUCUGAGGACUUGGAGAUGGGGAAUUCAAGGAAAGUGUAUUUUGAAACCUAUGGAUGUCAGAUGAAUGUAAACGACACAGAGAUAGCCUGGUCCAUUCUUCAGAGGAAGGGAUAUCAUCGCACAGUCCACUUAAAUGAGGCGGAUGUUGUCCUUCUGGUAACAUGCUCCAUAAGAGAAAAAGCUGAACAAACUAUUUGGAAUAGAUUACAACAACUGACAGCCAUGAAGAAGAAGCGCUUAAAGACCCACACACCGAUGAAAAUUGGGAUUUUAGGUUGCAUGGCAGAGAGGCUGAAGACGGAGCUUUUGGAGCGGGAGAAACUUGUAGAUGUUCUUGCCGGUCCUGACGCCUACCGGGACCUUCCUCGUCUCUUGACUGUAGCUGACGGAGGUCAACAGGCAAGCAAUGUGCUGCUGUCACUAGAGGAGACCUACGCUGACAUCAUGCCUGUGCACCAUGCUCCUCAGGGACACAGUGCUUUUGUGUCCAUCAUGCGAGGCUGUGACAACAUGUGCAGUUACUGCAUUGUUCCCUUCACCAGAGGGAGAGAGAGGAGUCGACCUGUCAGCUCCAUUCUUGAGGAAGUUCGUAUGCUCUCUGACCAGGGCGUGAAGGAGGUGACACUGCUGGGUCAGAACGUGAACAGCUACAGAGACACGUCAGAAGAACAGUUCUGCAGCGCUGACCUGACCAAGCUGAGCCGCGGCUUUAAGACCGUUUACCGAACCAAACGGGGAGGUCUGCGCUUCUCUGACCUGCUGGACAGAGUGUCACAAAUCGAUCCUGAUAUGAGGAUUAGAUUCACUUCCCCACAUCCCAAAGAUUUUCCUGAUGAGGUUUUGCAUCUAAUUGCGGAGCGAGGGAACAUUUGUAAGCAGGUCCACCUUCCAGCCCAGAGUGGUAGCAGUCAGGUCCUAGAAGCCAUGCGCCGUGGCUACACAAGAGAGGCCUACCUUGAUCUUGUGCAGAACGUUAAGAGAAUUAUCCCAGAGGUGAGUCUCAGCAGUGACUUCAUCUCAGGCUUCUGUGGUGAGACAGAUGAGGACCACCAGCAGACUCUGUCUCUGAUCAGGGAAGUGGGCUACAAUGUGGGAUUCCUUUUCGCCUACAGUAUGAGAAAGAAAACCCACGCCUUCCAUCGGCUACAGGAUGACGUGCCGGCAGAGGUGAAGCAGCGGAGGCUGCAGGAGUGUAUCACUGUGUUCAGAGAGGAAGCUGCCAGGGUCAACGCUGCUCUCAUCGGCAGCACACAGCUUGUCCUGGUGGAGGGAGAAAGUAAAAGAUCUGCCAAGGACCUGUGUGGUAGAACUGAUGGCAACAUGAAAGUGAUUUUCCUCAAACAGGAUGUUGCUGUUCAGCCUGCAGAGUCUAACACUGCACCCAUCAGUGCUGGAGACUAUGUGCUGGUGAAGAUAUUGUCAGCUAACUCCCAGAGCCUGAGAGGUGAAGCCCUCAGUCACAGCUCCCUGAGAGGCACCAUGAUGCACUAUGAGACUCUACCUAGCUACCAACUUGAUGAACACGUGGCCUCAGACACAACCAUGAUGAAGACAUGCCCUUGAUUGACACAGGUGACACCACAAGAAAUAAACUCUUAUUUUUAAAAAAAAAUCUGGCACACCUCUUUCUUCUCAUCUGACUUUGAAGACAUGUGGAGACUGUUUAUACGGGGAUUCUUGCAUCUCAGACACAGUCACAUUGGACUCAAGUUCAUAUCUGAUGAAAGAUGAGCUAAUUAAAACUGCAUUGUGUUAUUAAUACAGUCAGUACUCACUAUGUGUAAUGUGUAUGUACAUAUUAAACUGCUUAAGAUACUGAAACAUA